AUGCCGUUAACUUUACUUUGUUUCAUAGCCGCGCUUUUGGUAGUUGCGCAGGCGGAUAUGACGCCCCUGGAAUUAAUGGAUGCCUGUAACAAGGAGAGUGGCAUCACUAAAGCGGAGUUACAGCAAUACUUCGACAGUCAAAUGGAUCCUGCUAAGGCCACCAAUGCCAUUAAAUGUCACAUGAAGUGUGUUAGUGAAAAAUUGGGUUUCUAUAAAAACAAUAUGCUCGACGAAACGGUGACAAUUAAAUACCUGAACGAAAAUAAUAUGGCCCCGAAAGCGAGGGUACAAACUGUGAAGCAGAGCUUACAGAAAUGCAAUCAAAUGAAAGGUGCCAAUCCUUGCGACACAGCCUACCAGAUUAUGACCUGUUUUAAGUCGCAGCCUAUUUUUGCAUAA